AUGCUGCACAGGUCGUUGUGGAUUGCCGCCUCGAUCGUUGGCUACAUGGCGUACAUGAGCAUCCAGCCGACGCUUCCGGCGUACGAAGGUUGGGAUGCCACGACCUUGGCGCGGCUCCAGACAGCGCGCCAGCCCGUGCGGCUCGUCGGGUCGCCCACAAGUACGCGCUGGAACACAUCGCACUGGACGCUCGCGCACGUCGUGUCGCGGCUUCCCGCGUCCGUGCAGAUGCAAUACGCGCCGUCGGGCGUCUUUCGCCACUACGAUCCGAAUUUGGAGCUCGCGCAGCGCUUUCCGCCCACAUCCCAGACACAGACCCAUGCGCGGCAGGACGUUCUGGCUCUUCUUGACGGCGCCGAUGGCAGCUACUACCUCAACGACGAGCUGCACCGUCUUGCGCCCGACUUGGUGCGGGACGUGCCACUGGCUGGCCUCGUCGCGCCGGACGCAGCCUCCUCGGUCAUGGUCAAGCUCUGGCUCGGCGGGCCGCGCGUCGUCGCAAACUUGCACUACGACGCCACCCACAACCUCUUCCACCAGGUCGUCGGCUACAAGCGCUUUCUCCUCUUCCCACCCAGCGCCCACGCGUCCUUGUACCUCUUUUCGCGCCUCCACCCGAACCACCGGCAGUCGCAGCUCGAUUUAACGCUGCCACGUCACAAGCUACGCGCAGCCUUUCCCGCCUUUGCUGACGUGGAAGAGACGAUGCUUGACGUCGCACUCGCACCCGGCGAGACGCUCUACUUGCCGCCGUUCUGGUUCCAUUGCGUGGUCACAACGACGCCGUCGGUCUCGGUCAACGUCUGGACGGACGCCGACGAAGUCCGAUUCCUCGCCAUCGCCUUGGCCAACCCCGUGCCAUACCUAGCCGACCUCGAGGCGUCCGGCCAUGUGCACGAUCUCAACUCGCACCUCGGCCACCUCCAGCUCUUUGUACGCCUCGUCCUGUCGCGUUCCGUGCUGCGUACCAGUGCAGCACUGCAGCAGUUGGUCGCCAACCAAGACCUGUACUUGCCGCGCGUGCACGUCACCUGCGGUGUCCUCACUGCACCGACGACGACCGAGACGAUGCUGCAACCGUACGUCGAUGCGCUUGUGGCCGCGUCGUUCGACCACAUGGUCGACGUGAGUGCCAAGACGCUGGUCGCGCUGAGCUACGUGGAGGCGCUCGUCGCCCAGUUUAUGGCGCCAACGGUCGUCGGUAGCUUCUUGAUCCAGUGCAUUGUUGCCCCAGAAUGAUACGGAGCUUCAAGGUGUC